GCCAUGUCGGAGCCAUUAAGGGAUGCCCGUCAGAUCCCAUGCAGCAGCAAGGUGUGCCGCCGCCUCUUUGGCCCCGUGGAUGAAGAGCAGGUGCGCCGUGACUGUGAAGUACUAAUGGAGGAUUGCUUAAAAGAGGCUCGGGCACGUUGGAACUUCGACUUUGUCACUGAGACACCGCUGGAGGGCAACUACAUUUGGGAGCGUGUGCAGGGCCUUGGCCUGCCGAAGUUCUACCUGCCUGUGGAGCCUUGGGGGGGUCGUGACGACAUGGGAGGGGGCAAGCGGCCCUGUACCUCAACAGUUUUGAUUCAAGGGAUGGCCCAGGGGGACCACGUGGACCUGUCGCUGUCCUGCACCCUCGUGCCUCAUUCCCUUGAGCGGCCUGAAGUGUCCCCAGGUGGCCCUGGUGCACCUCGGGGCCGGAAACGGGGGCAGACCAGCAUGACAGAUUUCUACCACUCCAAACGCCGGCUGGUCUUCUCCAAGAAGAAGCCUUAA